AUGGACGACGACACAACGCCAGACCUGACCAAAACCAAGGACUCCAUCGUCCUCGGCAAAGGCGACGUUGUCAUACCGAUUAAUAACAAUCCCAAAAUCAGCUCCCUCCGCUUGCGGGACGUGUUUUACUACAAGACGGACAAGGCCAGGAACAUUAUCAACCUGACGCUAUUGCAAAAGGAUUAUCCGAAGCUGAUGCUCGGGAAGAUGAAGCUGGAUAAAUUCCAUGGGACGGGGAUCGUGCAUGCUGAUGAUCCCACGCGGGUGGUUUUGGAGGUUGACGAGUUUGAUGAGCAAAGAUGA